ACUUCCAGGUAGAAAAUACAUUAAACAUGCGUCAGUCACUGUCCAGCACUAGAUCUGCAAGUGCAACACCCUCAGCGUGCUGCUCGCGGACAGCCGCGCGCGCCGUCCACGCAGGCCGCUGGCUGCCCCAGCGCCGGCGGAACUUGACCCCCGUGGCGGCCGCCGCGGAGGGCGGGGGCGGAGCCGUGCUGCGUCAAGUGCUGACGGGCCCCGAGCGCACCAAGCUCGACACGGGCGAUGACCGGGGCUUCUACGACGUGCCGCGACUGGUCAAGCACGUGGAUGACGGCUUCCUGGACCAGGUCACGGAGCUGUACCGGCAGCGUAUCCCCGAGGGCGGCGCCGUGCUGGACCUGUGCAGCAGCUGGGUGUCACACCUGCCGCAGGACGUCACCUACAGCAAGGUGGUGGGGCACGGCAUGAACGCGGCGGAGCUGGCCCGCAACCCGCGCCUGGACUCGUUCUUCGUGCGCAACCUCAACGCCAGCCCGGACGGCUGGGCGGCGGCGGACCAGAGCUUCGACGCCGUGCUGUGCUGCGUCAGUGUGCAGUACCUGCAGCAGCCGGAGCGUGUGUUUGCCGAGGUGUACCGGGUGCUCAAGCCCGGCGGCGUCUUCAUCAUCACCUUCUCAAACCGCCUGUUCUACACCAAGGCGAUUUCCGCAUGGCGCGACGCGUCGGGCUAUGCACGGUGCCAGCUCGUGAAGCAGUACUUCCAGGCUGUGGCCGGGUUCACGGCGCCGGAGGUGCUGAUGGAGGUACCCAAGGCUGCUGGCAGCGCCUCAUCAGCGGCAGGCAGCGGCGGCGCGCUCCCGCAGUGGCUCAAGCCUCUGGGCCGCUUCUUCGAGCGCACCAGCUCAGACCCCUUCUAUGCGGUGGUGGCGUACCGCAACUUCAAGCGGGAAUGAGCUGACAGUUAGAGAAUCAGGCAAGCGAGGCAGCCGUUGCUUGGGUUGUGCGGGCAGGGGGCAGCAGCGAUAGCCCGUGUGCGGGCUGCGGCAUAUGCACAGACGGGCUAGGCAAGGGCGCCCUCUGGACCCGGGAUGCAUGCAUAGGCCGUGCUUCUGUCUGGCUAGGCGUUUCAGGUGUAGCUAUGAACAUGCAGCAGGGCCCGCAAAAGUGCCGCAGUUUCCCGGUUUCCCAGCUUUUGAGGGGGCCGUGUGACCGCCCGGCCCGUGGAUACUCAUGCAGUUGGUAUGUUUUAUCCGGACGAGAUCCUAUGCUGUACUGAUGACGUACAGUAUCCCUGGCAGCACAUUUGGAGUCCCUGCAGUACCGUACACCCGUUAUCCGAGUUUGGCCCGUUUGCGCCCUUGCGCACGUAGCUUGGCUAAGAACCAUACGUAUUACGGUAUGCGUAACGCGCAGUGUUGAUUGUAAAAGAAGGCUGAAGUGGAGGAGGCUGCAGGAGGAGGCUGCAUGAGUGCUAUGUAACUUGACCAGACG